CGUCAUUGGGCUCCUCGUCCCAGCCUCGUAGAAAACAGCCCAUCCAACGCUCAGGUGAUGCAACAUCCGCAGAAGGCCAUUGAUUCCGCAUCUUGUCAUCCAACUUCUCAAGACUAACGUCAUCAUCUUAUUCGAGGUCAAGCCAGCUUCAACAUGUCUUUUGUUCGAGUUGCGGCCCUUCGUGCGGCCUCCUCCACCGCCUUUAACCGAACGGCUACCCGAGCCGUCCGGAGAAGCGUUUCUCAGCCAUACCUGCGGUUUGGACAGCAGACUGGAAGGAGAGGUUAUGCAAGCGCGACUGGUGGAGCGCAGAAGACAAGCGACUUGCCUUGGGCUGUAUCUGCCGUUGUCACUACGGUCAUCGGAACCUACAUCGCUCUCCAGCCAUCCGACGGUGGUUCACACGGUCAUGAUGACGACCACCACCACGAGGAGAAGCAUGCUGUAAAGGCUAAGCACGAGAGCAAGCCAGAGAAGAAGGAAAAGGAAGAAUCCGCAACUGAGAAGGAGGAAUCAAAGGACGAGGGUGCAGACAAGAAGGAAGAGUCUAAGGAAGAAGAGAAGCCAAAGGAAGAUGAGUCAAAGACUACAGAUGACAAGGAUGAUAAGAAGGAAGAGUCAAAAGAUGACGCCGAAGACAAGUCAGAACCUAAAGACAAGGACAGCGGCGACAACGAAAAGAAGGAAGAGAAGAGCGACAACGAAGCGGAUAGCAAAGACGCCAAGGAAGCUAAGUCAGACUCUGAGAAGUCAAGCAAGGGCAAAGAGGAUGCUUGAACGGCGAAAGCACGGACAUAGCUGUAGAUCGAAUGAUUAUGCUUGCUAAUGACUUGACAAGCGAGACAGAUACAGAUGACGAGGUCAAGUUUUGCAUUGGGAGGACAUUCCCUGCACGAUUUGGUGCGGGAUCUAAAAGUCAGCCUCCUUUAUGUUUAUACGCAUAAUCUGUAAAUUUUAUUCACGCACCAUUUCCUGCAAUCUAACCUAGUUUUCUCUUACAACUAUGUGACAUAAAUAUGAUCUGCUGUCCUCUUUUUUUUUCCUCUUUCUGGCUUUUCAGCUUCGGAAGCUGUGUAGGCAAUGCGGAUUCUUCAGUCAACAUGAACUGCUUCCCGACCGUCAGCGUUGCAUCUGUAGGCCAAAUUUCACUAUAUCAGAG